AUGUCAACCAGCCCAAAGGAAGUGGACGCGGUCGUGGUCGGCGGAGGAUUCGGCGGGAUACGCCUCGUCAGCCUUCUCAAGGACCGCCUUCACCUUCAGAACGUCGUCGCCGUGGAGAAAGGCAGCGCCCUCGGUGGGACCUGGUACUGGAACCAAUAUCCGGGCUCGCAGACCGACACCGAGAGCUGGGUGUACCGCUUCUCCGACGACCGCGAUCCGCCAAAAUGGCAUACGCGGUACCUGAAGGCUGAAGAUCUCCAGGAGCAGAUCGUCGACACGGCCAAGAAGUCCGACGUCUUGAAGAACUAUGUCUUCGAGAACGAGGUCGUCUCGGCGCACUACGACGCCGCGAAGAACCGCUGGCUCGUCGCCACGGACAAAGGGUUGCAGUUUUCUGCGACCUAUUUCCUCACCGCGCUAGGCAUCCUCACGAACCCCUACACCCCAGCAUUUCCGGGGCGGGACUCUUUCAAGGGCCUCUCCUUCCACUCUGCCAGGUGGCCCAAGGGCCUCGACGUGACGGGAAAGCGGGUCGCCGUAAUCGGCACCGGCCCGUCAGGAAGCCAGAUCACCGGGUCUAUCCACCACCUCGUGAAGCAGAUUACCGUUUUCCAGCAACGAGCCCAGUACAUUGUCCCCGUGAAUGAUCGACCGGUGACCGAGGAGGAGAAGAAGGAGAUCUACGAGAACUACGACAAGAUCUGGGACACGGUGUUCCAUUCGCUUUUUGCCAUGGGCUUCACCGAGAGCAAGAAAUCGGCGCUGGAGGUGUCGGAGGAGGAGCGCAGGGAAGUGUAUGAGCGCAUCUGGAACAAAGGGGGCGGCUUCCGCUUCUUCUUCGAGACCUUCAACGACCUCGGAACCAACGUGGAUGCGAACGAGACAGCCGCCGCGUUCGUGCGAGAAAAGAUCGCAGAGAUUGUCAAAGAUCCCGAGACGGCAAAACUGCUCCAGCCUACAGGGCACUACGGCGGCCGCCCACUCUGCACGCAUGGGUACUACGAAGCGUUCAACGAACCUAAUGUCUCUCUCGUCGACAUCUCCAACAACCCCGUGGCCAAAAUCACCCCAACUGGAUUAGAACUGCGAGACGGCAAAGCUUUCGAAUUUGACAUCAUCGUAUACGCGACGGGUUUUGACGGCGUCGACGGCGCCUAUCACAACAUCGACAUCACGGGCCGCAACGGACUCAAAUUGACCGACGCGUGGAAAGAAGGAGCGAACGCGCUGUACGGUGUCAGCGUGUCGGAAUUCCCCAACUUUUUCACGGUCACGGGGCCCGGGGGUCCCUUCGCGAAUAUGCUCCCGUCGAUCGAGCUGCAGGGCGACUUCAUCAUCAAGCUCAUCCAGGAGGCCCGCAAAAGGGGGGACAAGACGGUGGAGGCGGACGCCCGAGCCCAGGCAGAGUGGGCUCAGACAGUGCAGCAGAUCUCCAAAGCGACCGUCUUCGAUAAGGUCAAGUCGUGGAUCCAGAACGACAACGUGGACGGCAAGAAGAAAUACAGCGCCUUUUUCCUCGCCGGCCUGCAGAAUUAUAUCGCCAAAUUGACCGAGGAGACUGAGGCAAAGUAUCCCUCGUUCGUAUUUGCCAAAUGA